CACCUUCUGCCCACUAAUCAUCCUUGGCUCUGGGCCCUCAGGGUAAAUCAGCUGUGACAGGACGGCGUGGCAGGAGCGGGUCAGGCUCGUGCCGUGCCCAAGCCACUAGCUGUCACACUCACAUCUCAGCUCACGUGACCAACAGGGUUACAAGAUAAGGUUCUGUUAAUCCCACGCUGCCCUCUUCCCUUCUGUGGAACGUGUUUUGAGGACUUGAGGCAACCUGUGCUGACUGCACCAUGCAGAGCAAAUACCAUGGAGGCACCCUACUGCCAUCGAGGGGCAGGUGGAGGGGUGACCGUCCUGUAGCUCCUCCCUGGGACUCCCCCUUUCUUCCCUCUGCACAGACCUGGCAGCCACCCAGAAGUCCCGCGAGCUGCCUAGACUCUAAGAAGAUGCCCCAUCACUCCAACUACCAUACACAGUACUGCGGGGGAGAGGUCCUGCCUCGCAGCUGAAAAGUGCACUGCUUCCUCCCCCCAGGGAUGAAAGGCCGAGAGAACGAGGGCAGCGUGGAGACCACCCUCUCGCCAGUGACCUGCAGCUUCUCGCUUCCAAGCACACCAACUCCAGCUAAGAGAACUGGGCUUCCUUACCUGCCGCCUUCCGCUGCCUCCCCGCAGACACAGCUUCAGCGAUGCCCAGGCUGAGCGAGCAGAAGACGUUCCCGCGGGCCGGGCCUACCCUCAGGCAGUGGCUCGCAGAGCUCCCCGGUUCCCCGCACUCUUCUGUGCCCGACUCCCCACGCCCCUACAUCCUGCGUUCCCUUCAGCUCCGGAGGCACCGUGGGGCCCGGGCGGCGGCCUGCCAGUCACCACCUCCUCCUCCGCCGGCGCCUCCGGGUCCUGAGCCCCUCGCCGGGUCCCUCCCCCUCCUGGGGCUCCUUUCCGUUCAGCCUGCGGGCCCCACCCCGCUUUCCCCGCACCCCGGCCCGGUCUGCGCCUUCCUGCGGUGCGGAGGGAACUGGGGUGAGGAAGUCCCGCCGAGUCGAGGGGCGCAGCGGAGGAGCGCCGGAGCGUCCCUCAUUCCGAGUAGCUGCCGUUGCACUGUGCGAGUGUGAAAGUCACUUCCACCCGGUCUCGGUGGUUUCAGCUCUGAAGUGAGGAGGUUGCACUGGAAGGUUUCUGGGGUCACUCCAGUGACGCUGGGAUUCUAGCCCUAAUAUCACCGUAGCAACCGAAAGGCCCAGAAACCGGACCAUCACCUCUCUUUCCCCGGGGCCAACGGAGGACUCCUGAAGGAGGGAGGGUUUGUCUCAGGCCUGACAAUUCCUGAUGAGGACUUGGGCAGAAAUAGCCCCAGGCAAGGGGACCUUCAUCAUUCCUGCACAUGAGCGGUGUCCUCCCUGCCCCACCCCACCCCCCACCCCAGAAGGAGAAAACCCAGAGCUCUGAUUCCCAGCGGCGGGGCAGCCUGCAGGCCCGGGUCCCAGCCCAAACGGAGGCAGCCCUGGGCAGCGGGCGCUUGGAACCCCAGGGCUCAGGGCCACUCAGCCCUUGUUACUGUCCCUCAUCUAGAAGAAGGGUGUAAUAACAAAACAAUUCGCUGUAGAUGGCAAGCUCAGACGUUGGGAACGGUGUAGGGCUGGCUCUUUCUGCACUCACACUGUCCAGCAGUGGGCCCCAGGGCCAUGGCCAGAGGGCAGUAGGGCAAUGAGAAAGAGGUGGCUUCCGGAAACCAACGCGAGACCCAAUCUGGGUGGAUUUGGGUGGCGGUGCCUUGCCUGCGAGGUGGGCAGGGCAACUUUCUACUGAAUUAUCUGACUCUGUAAGUAAUAGCAGCCCUGCCCCAGGGAGCUGUGAGGCUGGGCCAGGACCACCCCCCCUGUUGCCUGGCUUCAGGAAAGAAAGUGCGGCAGACAACAGAUUUGGGAGAAGGAACCUGAGGAGGUUUUUUCCCAGUCUCCCUCACACUGCCUCAGUCAUGGCCAUUGCUAAGGCUCACGGAGCCCAACUGUGCAAGGCCCUGCACUCUGCACUUCUUCUCAUCCAACCCCACAACAAUCCAAGGAGAAACAUAAUGUCCCCUUUUUACACGUGGUAGAACUGAGGUUCUACAUGGCCAAGUGACUUGUUCAGCACCAUACAGCUGGUAGUGUUGCAGCCAGGAUUCAAAUCCAGUUUUCCGACUCUAAAGUCCAAGUCACAGGCCAAGUGUGGUGGCUCACGCCUGUAAUCCCAGCACUUUGGAGGCUGAGGAGGGCAAAUCAUUUGAGCUCAUGAGUUCAAGACCAGCCUGGGCAACAUGGCAAAACCCUGUCUCU